AUGUCUAUUAAGCUUUUAAUCCAACUGUUUAUAGCCAUAUCAACUGUGCCUCCCUCCAUGUCCUUAUCGGAUAUGGCAGAUGCUGGGCCACGCCCGGGUAUUAAUACAAGAAGAGCGAUUAAAAUUCUAAGUGAUUUAUGUGCCGCAUAUGAUAAAGGUCUUGUUACCGGUGAUUCAUGUAAUAGACUGUGUUAUUCUCGAAACUGGGUUAUUAAUGAUUUCUAUGAAGGACAUAAAGUUGUUGUUGUUUUAAAAGAUGGCGGCCAGUUAGCCGUAUAUAAGAGCUCACAUCCCACAUAUCAGGAUUUUGAAACUCCAGACUUCGAUAUGUCCGAUGACGAGUUUAGUGAUAAGGUUCUUGAUCUGAUCAAUGACCGUUUGGGCUUGGGAUGGCCAAGAGAGUAUAAGAAGCAUUUAAUGGAAACACUUUGGCCAACUCUCCUCAGAACGCCUGGUGAGACGUUGUCUGAAGCUGAUAAAACUUCUCUUUGGACUCUUUUGCAACAACCGGAGUUUAUUAUAUUCAGAGUUUUGCCAUUAACCCGAGUUACACCAAAAUUGAUUGGUACUUGUGGUAAUUUCUAUCAAACAGAGUCAUUAGUGGCUUUUAGAAUGAAGAAGUACUAUAUGAAUCUGAAGGGUAAAAUAUUAGUUCAUAUUAUGGGUACGAUGAAGUUGUUAUAUGAAUUCCUUAACGAUCCACUCCAAUGGUGCGAUGUGCGUUUUGACAACUUGGGCCUCUCAGCAGAUUACCCCAAAAGAUUCGUUCUAAUGGAUGCUGAUGAUGUUUACACCGAGUCAAAGUUAAACUCUCUUCUAAAGGGACGCCCUUGCGCAAGUGAUGCGGAUUGUGCUAUUGGUGAUUGUGCAGGAAGAUGUUUAGAUACCAUGACAUGUUCUAGUAGAACUAAUUCAAACUUGGAGGUUUUAUGUGAGAAGUUAGUAAGGAAACUCUAUGCGUCAACAUGGUCGAAGAACAAUAGGUAUCUCGCAGCCUGCAAUGAUCCAUCUAUGAAUGUUACUCAGCGACUUGCUGAUCUUCGAUUGGCGUGGUCCUGGAACUUACCGGAUGUUUGA